GACAAUCUACACAUGCAGAGCCUCGAGAGCUCCCAUUAAUUAUCUAGAGGCUUCUUCACCAAGCAGAAUAUUACAGAAUGAGUGAUUCCGACAGCGAACCCAAGUCCCCGGGAGUGCCUGCAUGGCAACGUAGAGGCGAGGAAGAACAGUCCAGUGAACCGCAGGACGCAGCUAUUGAGCCACCAAGUCGGGCAGCAGUACUCGAACAAGCCAGGAAGUUCUUGGAGGAAGACGAGGUUAGGAAUGCAUCUACGGAUAAAAAGAUUGCUUUUCUAGAAAGCAAAGGUCUCGACGGAGAUGAUAUACAAGAGUUACUUGGUGUAUCGCGGAAUAAUGAAGCGACAAACACAUCUAUCACUGAGGUCAAAUCACCAGAUCCAAAGACUCAACCUCAAUCGCUGACACGACAUUCACCUCCAUCUACUCAACCAAGCUACGCGCAAAUACCUCGCGAACAAGCUCCUAUCAUAACAUAUCCUGAAUUCUUGGUUCAGCCAUCUGCUGCUACUCCUCUAAUUACCAAACACCGCCUCCUCACAACCCUGUAUCUUUUCGGCUCCCUCAGCUUUCUACUUUAUGGCACAAACACCUUUUUAAUACGCCCUAUGCUCAACACUCUUACCGAAUCCCGGCUCUCUCUAUCAUCGGCCACUCUUAAUAACCUUCAAAAAUUAAUCCACAAACUCGAGAAUUCGGUUUCUGAAAUCCCCCCUACCUACCACCACCAUAAAUCUCUCCAAUCCGAAUACCUCGACUCCGAUGCUAGCUCCGUGACCAGUGAUCCCACCGAGCUUUUCCACCGCGAUAUUGGCGUCCAGACGUCUCUCCCAUCAUCUCCUUUACAAACACCCAGUUCGCCCUCCCUAAUAUCCCACGCGAAUACUGCGACCACAGCAACAACCAUACAGACAUCGCGUCUCACGACUCUACAAGGUACAUUAUCAUCCUUGCUGGAGGAUUCAACCUACGAAUCAUCUACAAGUGAAGAGCUAGAAACAAAAAUGUCUAUGUUGAAGGAAUAUUUACAAGGCUUGGUGUUUUCAACGCCUACAUUUAGUUACGGGUCGGGAGGUUUUGGAAAUGGAGGCGAUAGGAAUGGAAACAAGGAGGGAGAAGAUGAAAUUGCAAAGGUUAAGAAGGAGAUUCGAGGAGUGAAGGGAGUUUUGCUUAGUGCGAGAAGUUUUCCUGGGGGUGUCAGGGCGAGAUAAUGGAGGUUGGGAGAGGAGAAUGUAUGAGAAUCAGUAGGCUUAUUAGAUGAUAAUAUAUGAGUUAUGAAUGGAUAUUCAAUUUUUGGAAACCAUCUAAAUCUCUAUUGAUAAAAGCCAGUGCGAGUUUGAAUCUAGUACGAAAUCAAUCACUACGGAUGAGAUAUCUCAAAACUGCCUCGACACUGCCCUUAAUAUACCAGAAGCGAGUUACUCGAUGUGUAUCUUUUAUCGGAAUGAUUGGACUUAAUUCUAGGUGUCUUGAGAUGACAUAAAUCUAAAUAGUUUGCUUUUUAACA